GAGAAAAAAGACAAGACGAGAUGAAGAUGGUAAAAGAGAAAAAAAGCAUUGAACACCGACUUCCUAAUUCGCCAGAAUCAACUUGAUAUUAUGGCACAACAGCAGAACAAACUCAAGCUCUAUUCUUACUGGAGGAGCUCCUGCUCCUUCCGCAUCAGAAUCGCCCUUAACCUCAAAGGUCUGGAUUAUCAGUACAUACCGGUUAACUUGCUUAAGGGGGAGCAGUUCAGCCCCGAAUUCCAAAAGCUGAAUCCUAUUGGAUAUGUACCGGUGCUGGUGGACGGUGACGUUGUCAUUUCAGACUCUUCUGCAAUUUUCAUGUAUCUGGAGGAGAAAUACCCUCAAAUCCCCUUAUUGCCAUCUGAUCUUUAUAAGAAGGCACUCAAUAUCCAGGCCGCAAAUAUCGUUUGCUCGAGCAUUCAGCCUCUUCAGAAUCUAGCUGUGCUGAAGUACAUUGAGGAAAAAGUAAGUACGGAUGAGAAAAUUCUUUGGGCAAAAUUUCAUAUCGAGAAAGGCUUCGGAGCUCUUGAGAAGCUGUUAAAAGAUCAUGCUGGAAAAUAUGCGAUCGGAGAUGAAGUUGCCAUGGCGGAUGCAUUCCUAGCACCACAGAUUCAUGCUGGGAUAAACCGAUUCAAUGUCGACAUGACUAAAUUCCCGCUUUUAACUCGGUUGAAUGAGGCAUAUAGUGAGCUACCGGAAUUCCAAAAGGCUAUGCCGGAGAAUCAGCCGGAUGCUCCUCUGGCAUAGGGCGUUGGUGCCUGGUGGAUUGAUGAGGUACACAUCUAAUGCCGAAUGGUCCAUCUUUGUUGUUCGUUCUAGGGAAUGAUCAAUGAUAAUAAGGAUUAUGUUAGUCUGAAGUUAAUGUAAGACGCAAUAGUAUCAUAUAUCAUGUAAUAUGGACAUAUCAUAAACAUAUAUGGCAUGUUGAUCUGAACUAUAUUUGGUGGUUUCA